AUGUGGAAUAAAGGUAGAAUAUUAUUACUAAAUAGAAGAUAUAAAAAUUUUCGAUACUUCAUAAGUGACAUAAAAGUAUAUGAUAAUCUAAAAGUUAAUGAAAGCAAAAAAUUAUAUGAAGACAAAAAUACAAAGAUAAGUAUUCAAGAAUCUUCAAAAUAUGCUAUACCUAUCCCUCAAUGUGAUCGUUCCAUAAUCAGUUCUUUUAUUUAUAAAAUCUUCUUAAAACAUACAGAAUAUGGUGAAUGUGCAUGGAGAUUAAUUCAUCUAAUAAUUGAAAGAUUAGAAAAUGAAGAAAUAAUAAAAUUAUUUCGUAUAAAUGAAUCUUUUAAUAUGAAAAUGUAUUUUUAUAUUUUACAUCUGUGGAUAAUUAAUAAAAGAUUAAGACAAGAAAAUUAUCAAGGAGAUAUAAUUAAUACAUAUAUCUUUGAUAUUACUUGGAGAAUUGUUCGUGAUUGGUUGCUUUUAAAAAACAUUCCAGAAUAUACUUUUAAUGCAGAACUUUUAAAUUGCCAAGAAUAUGCUUUUGGGUUUUUAGUUUCCUUAGAUGAAGCAGCUAGUAAAGUAGAUAUAUUUCCUUCACUCCUAAAAGAUAUAUUAUGGGAACAUUUAUAUGAAAAAAAAGUUAAGAAAGGCGGUAAAAUAGUUACAGAGCUGAGUAAGUAUAGUAUACUUCAACUGAGGCAUAUAUUCAAUUUAUCAAGUGACUAUUUUUUAGAAGCUUAUUUUAUAUGGGCUGAUUUUUAUAAUCAGAAAAAAUCAAAUCGUCGAUUACCUGCGUUAUCCCAACAAAUAUCAUAUGGAGGUUAUCGUCCAAAAGAUAAGAGCAGAUACCUUCCUUAUGAUGAUGGGAAGAAAUUAUUACCAAGAACUUAUUAG